AUGACUGAGGUCGUCUCUAGCAUCCUUGGAUCUCUUGUAGAGAAACUAACUUCAUUGGCUACUGAAGAAAUUCAACUGGUAUGUGGCGUCAAGGAUGAUCGAGAGAAGCUCAAGAACACACUAGAGAUGAUCCAGAUGGUGCUCGCCGAUGCUGAGCAGAGACAAACAAAAGAGAAUGUUGUGCGCCUUUGGUUGUCGAGGCUAAAAAACUGGUGCUAUGACGCCGAGGACGCGCUAGACGAAUUUGAAGCUAGGGCUUUGUGGAGGCGAGUGCGGUCCAUUGAGCACUUGACCCUCAAAAGGAAGGUACGCUACUUGUACUCGUGGAUAUCCGAGAUGAUUUUCCAGUUUAAGAUGGCGCAUAAUAUGAAAGAACUGAGAAAGAGUCUUGAUGGGAUCGAUAAAGACGAAACUCGAUUCACCUUGUCGACUAAUGUUCAUGAAAGGACCAUAGUUCCGCGGAGGGAAACUCAUUCUUUUGUACCCGCUUCGAAUGUGAUUGGAAGAAACGAAGAAAAGGAAAGCAUAAUAGAGUGGUUGAGAAGUGAUGCUGAAGCUAUAAAAGUAUAUUCAAUUAUCGGAAUGGGAGGUGCUGGAAAGACAACUCUUGUUAGGUUGGUAUAUAAUGACAAGAGGGUAGAGGAGCAUUUCAAAAACAACCAAGUUUGGUUAUCUAUGCCACAAGAAUUCAAAAUUCAAAAUAUAAUAAGAGACAUCAUCAAGUCUCUUAGUGGUCUAGCAGAAGUUGAUAACUACAACCUUGAGGCGUUGCAAAAUCACCUAAGAAAUCUAGUGAAGAACCGAAGGUGUUUGUUCGUAAUGGACGAUGUGUGGGCAAUGAGUAUGAAUGAUUGGUUGGAAUUGACAAUUUUGUUAGAAGGCCUUUCCAAAGGGAGUAAAGUCAUCCUGACUUCACGGAAUCAAGCCAUCGCCAAAAAUAUGGGCACUGAUUGCCUGCUUUAUUUGGCCAACCUUUCGUUGGAGGAUUCUUUGACUUUGUUUGUGAAGUACGCAUUCGAUCAAGGGCAAGAGAAGAAUCACCCGGACCUUAUGGAAAUCGGCAAGGAAAUCGUGAAGAAGUGCGGGGGAAAUCCUAUGGCACUGAGGGCCCUAGGGUGUUUGUUGUAUUCAAAGAACAACCGGAGCGACUGGGAACAUAUAAGAGACAGCGAGACAUGGCAAUUAACUAAUACCUUACCUUCAUUGGAAAUCUUACCUUCAUUGAGAAUAAGCUAUGAUCUAAUGCCAUCUUACUUGAAACAAUGUUUUGCUUAUUGCUCGAUAUUCCCGAAGAACCACGAGUUCAACAACUUUGAGCUGAUCGAACUGUGGAUCUCUAACGGGUUUAUCCAAUCCAGCGGAAAUAAUCAGGAGCUUGAAGAAAUUGGACGGCAGUACUUGGAGGAGUUGUUAUCUAGAUCAUUCUUCAUUUUUCUCAAAGACAUUUACCCCUUUCUAUACUUCGAAAUGCAUGACCUCAUUUACGAACUUGCCAUUUCGGUGGCACAAACCGAAUCAUCCAACAUGAAAGUGUGGACGCAGGAUAUUUCCCCAACCAUUCGGCAUGUAUCAUUUCCCGAUCUAUCUGGUGUACCAAAAGAUGAACUGAGUGGCUGCUUCAACAAGCCAAGUCGCAUUCGUACCAUCAUGUGUCAGAAGUUGGGAUCCUCUGACUCCGAGGAGUUCUUUCUGGAGACAUGCAUUUUGCGAUUUAAGCACUUGCGAGUGCUAUGGCUGGAGGAGUCUAGUUUUAACCUACUGCCUAGUUCCAUUGGCGAUCUAAAGCUUUUGAGGUAUCUCAAAUUAUCCGACGGGACAAUUAAUAAACUCCCCAAAUCGGUCUAUGAGCUUUGCAAUCUGCAGAUCUUAGAUCUUGCCGUGUGCCAGAAUCUCGAGGAAUUGUCCGCAGACAUCAAGAAUAUGAUCAACCUCCGCGCUUUGUAUAUAACCACGAAACAAAAACAUUUCCCGGAGAGUGGAAUAGGACGCGUGACUUCUCUGCGGCGGCUAUGCAUUUGGGACUGCAGGAAUUUGGAGGCCUUGUUUGAUGAUAUCCAAUCGCUCACGUCGCUCCGUAUGUUGCGGAUUGGGAUGUGUCGGAAGCUGGCCUCCUUACCACAAGGCAUCAAGAAUCUGAAGGCGUUGGAGGAUCUCUACAUUUGCGCCUGCGGGAGCUUGAGGCUGCCAGAAGGCGAUGGUAAUGAACCAGGCUCCAUGUCGAGCCUUCAAUCCUUGGUACUCAGCUAUCUACCGGAAUUAGUUUCGUUGCCCGGGUGGCUCGAAGGCUCUGCAAGUACACUGCGGACGAUAGAGAUUUCCUAUUGUCCCAAGUUGAGCGCAUUGCCUGAGUGGCUGCAAAAUUGUUCUUCUCUGACAAAACUGCAGCUUACGAUGCUUCCCGAAUUGUCCUCUCUGCCAGAUGGCGUUCGCCUCAUUCCCACAUUGAAAAUAUCCGAGUGCGAGAAAUUGAGCAGUUAG